UCAAAGACCUGACUCGUGCUGCUCCAAGAAAACAGCGGCGUUUCUGGGAACUUUCAUUCAUUGAACUUCAUUCACUUCAAAGCUCAAGGUCGUUCCCUAACAAAGUUUUGUUGAUACACCUGUGAUUGUUAGUUGCCACGCUGAUUGCUGUUAUCAAUGAAGAGAUUCGAGCUUUCUCUAAUUCUCGGUUGCCCGGCUUAUGCUUCGAGCCAUUUUAAACCGUAAUUCAAACGCGUCUAGUGUGAUUUUUUUUCCAGUUUGACACAUAGUGACAAUGAAUAAUUUCAAGUAGUUAUCGAGAAACGUAACCUAUACAUACGAUUUUUUGGAACGGAAAAAACAUUCACCAAUCAGUGAAAUAUGAGUGACAUACUUGUGAUUGGAUCUUGCAUGAUAGAUUUAGUAUGUUAUACAUCUCGGUUGCCUAAAAUUGGAGAAACUAUUUAUGGACAUACAUUUCAAAUUGGUCAUGGUGGAAAAGGUGCCAAUCAGUGCAUUGCUGCAAAGAAACUUCAAGCCAAAACUUCGCUAGUAGCUAAGUUGGGAGAUGACGAGUUUGGUCGUCAAUAUUUAGCCUCUUUAGACGCUCACGGUGUAAGCACAACACAUGUUAAAUUAGUAAACGGUUACUCAAGCGGAAUAGCACAGAUCACGGUGUCGGAUAAGGGUGAAAAUCAAAUCGUCAUCGUCCCUGGAGCUAAUACGACACUUUCAGCAACCGAUAUAGAUGAUGCCUUGGAACUGAUAAAGAAAGCUAAGGUUGUAGCCUUCCAGUUUGAGAAUCCAAUCGAUGCAGUUCGGUAUGGCUUGCAAUUAGUCAAGAAACAUAAAGGUUUUACCGUCUUAAAUGCAGCACCAGCUUUAAAGGAGGUUGACUCCGAAAUCCUGCAGUUCGUAGAUUUGCUAUGUGUCAACGAGCCUGAGGCUGAAGUUUUAGCAGACAUGCCUGUCAUCUCCGUUGAAGACUCCUUCAUAGCUGCUAGUAAAUUACUGGAACUUGGCUGUCAGACGGUCAUUCUAACUCUAGGUGCAAAAGGAGCAGUCCUUGCCUCUAAAUCAAAUCCAAGCCCCGUUCAUGUUGAAACAAUAACGGUAGAAAAUGUUGUGGAUACGACGGGUGCCGGAGAUGCUUUCAUUGGAGCCUUAGUCUACUUUUUAGCGUACCAGCCUUCUCUUUCAAUGGAGGAUAUGGUCUCACGAAGUUGUCGAGUGGCGAGUUACUCGAUUACAAAGCCAGGGACGCAGGCGAGUUUUCCAACGAGAAAUGAUCUCCCAAGCGAAUUGUUUUCCUAGUCCACG